AUGAAAUCGGGUAUUAAAAUUAUGUCAUCAGGUUCGGGGUUUACAGAUGCUUCUAUAAUGGUAUCUAUCGAUAAUACAAAGUAUUGUUUUAAUAUGGGUAAUGGUAUCCAUAGACAAAGUUUAGGGAGUAGUCAUUCAAAACCAUCAGAAGCAAGUGUAUUAUUCUAUACUCAUUUAGGCCCAUCUGCUCAAGCUGAUUUAUUAAAUUAUAUUUUAAGACAUAAAACAGAUAUAGCAAUUAUUGGGCCAAAUGGUUUAACAGAAAAUUUAUUGGGAUACAGAUAUUUCUUUUCUAGACGUGGUAGAACAUUUUAUGUUACAGAAUGCUCAUCAGAAGGCGAGCAAUAUAGAUUUGAUGAUGGUCAUUUAAAAGUAUAUCCAAUUAUAAUUUCACCAAAUGAAACAGUUAGUUUAAAUAGUAAUGUCGUUGUGCCACCUCCAACCACUAGUACAAAUGAAUUGGAAGAAAAAAAUACAAAUGAAAGUAUACUAAAAGAAUUAAAUUCAAGAAAAGAAUUGAAAUAUAUAUUUGAUAAAGUAUUUGGACCAGUUAUCACAGCUUCAAGAGAAUCAAUGCGAGUUAAUACAGAUUCCAUGAAGUCAUUCUACGAUUGGACUUUACUUAGAGGUGGUUAUCUAUUUUCAAGCACCGGUAGUCAGUUCAAGAUGGAGGAGAUCGAACAUUACGCCGCUUAUCGUUUAUUAAAGGAAGAUAAUAUAUCAAAUGGCCGUUCAAAUGUAGAUAUAUCAUCGUAUAAACCCUCAAGAUCUAAAGAAAUUAAAAAGUUUUUAUUCGACACCAAUGAUUCCGAUAUUUAUCAACCAAUACCACCUACAGAAAGAGAAAAUGAUUAUUGGUGCCUUGAAAGUAGACAUUUUAGAAUUGUUUCAAGAUUAUCUAAAUCAUUACGUCUAAAUGAUGUUGAAAAAAGAGAAAUGGUUAGAAAGAGAAUGAAUAUUUAUUUGAAGGACCCUAUAUAUGGUCCAGUUAAUAGUCAUGCUAUAUUACCACCAAAUGUUAUCAAAUCUUCAGCUUCAUUAUCACCACAAAAUUCACCAUCAAAAUCAAAUAGUAGCAAUAAUAAAGGCGUUUCAUCAGCAUCAACAUCGUUUAAAGAUAUUAUUUGUUAUGUUUGUUUAUUACCUGACAUCAUUGGUAAAUUUAGUGUAGAGAAGGCAAAUGAGUUUGGUAUUGUUGGUUCAGGUAGAUCAAAGUUAUGUAAAGGCGAAUCGGUAUUUAGCGAAAAAGCAGGUAGAUUGAUAAAACCUGAAGAUGUUUUAUCGCCAAGUACUAUUGGCCCAGCUAUCAUAGUAAUUGCAUGUCCAAGAGUCGAGUACUUGGAGGGUAUAUUAAAUAAUAGUAGCAUCACAUCGUUUAGUACAAGCGAGCGUUCUGGUUGUAUAGUUCAUAUGGUGCCAGAAGAGAUAUUUUCAUUACCAGAGUAUUGUGAUUUCGUAUCAUCAUUUUCAAGUGGAAAGUGGCAACAUAUAGUAUUAAACGAAGCAUGUGCAUAUCAAGAAUUAACUAUACCAUCUGCUCACUUAGUAAAUGGUCUCAAUGAAGUUGCACCUAUUUUCUAUCCUAAAUUGUUCCCAUAUUCCAAUGCAAAGCCUUUACCACUUGCCCUAUCUAAAAUGCCCAAUGUUCAAAGAGGAAGAUUCCAUCAAUCGAUUAUGGUUAAUCCUCUUUCACCGCAAGGUCAUCCAUUAAUUGAUAAUACUGCAUGUACUGAAAACAUUGACACCAAUUUUUCAUUUGAAAAGAAAUCAUCAUCAAAUGAUAGUUCGCCAGUGACCAAAAAAAUCAAAUCUUUAGAUAUUAAUUCAUCAUCAGUUACAUCAUCACCAAGAACUUUAUCAACUAGAGGUCAGUUUUUAAAGAGUACUGAGCAAAUGAUAGAUUCAUUUUCAGAUAAAGAAUUAGAGGUUACAUUUUUAGGUACUUGUUGUUCACAGACUUCGUUAUUUAGAGAGGAAACCUGCAUUCUAUUAAAUAUGUUUGAAAAAGGUGCAAUGCUUUUUGAUGUGGGUGGUGGUGCUUACUCUCAACUCUUUAGAAAGUAUGGUAAAGAAGAGUCCGAUAAAAUCUUAAUCAACUUAAGGUUUAUUUUCUUAUCUCAUUUACAUGUCGAUCAUCACCAAGGUCUUUACAAGCUUUUAGAAAUGCGUCAUUUGGCUUUAGAAGAAUCAUAUGUUCCUUAUGAAAAGCGUCAACUUAUUGUAUUGGCCCCACAAGGUGCAGGUCGUUAUAUUCGUGAAUUAGAAAAGACUAUGAGCUUUUAUAGUUAUCCAUGGAAAUAUAUUACCUUUUACAAUUUCCAAAACUACCAAGAGGAUAAACAACUUUCAACAUUUAUGAAACAAAAAUUGGGUAUUUCAAAGUGUAUUGCAGUGCCAGUAAUUCACAAUUUUAAUGCUCAUGGUAUCGUAGUAGAAAGUGAAAGUGGGUGGAAAGUCAGCUAUUCGGGUGAUACUAAAUUCUGUCAACAAUUUGUAGAUGCCGCUGUGGAUAGUACCAUACUAAUCCACGAGGCUACUUUCCACGAUCAUCAAACUGAUAAAGCUCAAACUAAAAGCCAUAGUACUUUCUCUGAAGCCAUCAAAGCAUACCGUAAUUCAAAUUCAUUCUCAACUGUUUUAACUCAUUUCUCUCAACGUUAUCCAAACCUACAAGAAACUUUUAAUGGUGACACUAAUGACAGUAAUAAUGAUGAAGCCUUCAAUAAUAUUACAUUUGCAUUCGACUUUUUAACAAUUAAUAUAAAAAAUUUAUCAUUAUUACCUGGUGCUUUGGAUUCUUUAAAAAUAGACCCAAAUGAUGAUGAGGAAGUCGAAGAUUUAGAUGAAAUAUAA